AUCUUUUUAAUUUUUUUUUUUUUAAUUUCUCCCAAGGGGUGGUGAACUGGUGCAGAGGGUAAAGGCUUUUGCUGCCAAGACUAAGGACCUGAGCUCCCCAGGUCCAACAUGAUGGCAGGCGUUGACCUACAAGUAAAUGCAACUGUGUAUCCUUCCCAAUCUCACAAUGGCAACAGUGUAAAUGUAUCAUUUCAGCACUUGAAACAAUCUGCAAUUGAGCUUUCCUCUUACACAAGCACAACCGAGAAGCUCGCAUUCAGACUUGGAAGGAAAAGUCCGAAAAAUAAGAAAAUAAGCAAGGCGAUUUCUCGUUUAAUAGAGCUAUAUCCCCCGCAAACAUUCCGGUAAGCAUAUCUAAACCUGGAGCUGGAGAGUUGGCUCAGGGGGGAAGGGCAGCAGCUGAUCUUCCGGAUGAGCCAGAUUCCAUUCCCAGCACCCACGUGGUGGCCUAGCAACCACCUGAAACUCCAGUCCCAGGGGAUCCAAUACCCUCUUCUGGCCUCGCUGGGCAUACAAGCACAUGGUACGUGCAGGCAAAACCACUCAUACACAUUAAAUUAAUUACAUAAAAAAUUUUUUUUGUGUGUGAAACUGACUGUCCUCUAGUGUCUGGGCUAUAUUCCAUUUGACUUCCAAGGUUUGUUUCCACUGUCCCUACUGGUCACACUAAACCGUGUUUUCCUAGACACUUGACCUUGUCCAAUCAUCUGCACGACAAGAAAACUGAACAAAAAGGUGUGACUUAGUUGAUUCUUUCCGGGGAGGGGGAGGAGGAGGGGUCAGAGGUUAAUUUCUUGAGACUGGGUUUCACAGUUACCCAAGCUGGUCUCAAACUUGCUAUGUAGCCAAGACAUCUAGUGGCUUGAUCUUCCCGUCUCCACUCCCCCAGUGACGGGAUCACGCCCAGUAUGAGGUAUUUUAUUCAGCCUGGUCUAGAACUUUCUAGUUAUGUACCCAAAGAAAACCUUGAACCCCCUUCUUCCAGCCUCCAUCUCUCAAGUGUUGGGUUUAAAGGGGUACGCCUACACACUGGGUUGGAACUAAAUUCUGCUAUACCAAAUUCUGUGAUGUUAGACAGUUUUCUGGAGACAACAUCUAUAACUCACAAAGACGUCCAAGGCUUUGGCUGUUCGAAAGAACUUUUGCUUUCAAACCAAUUUCUUCUGGAACUGACUACCAAGCUCAGCAGCCCUGGGAUGGGCCUCCCACGGUCCUUCUCCCCACCCCCCACCCCCCACCCCCCACCCCCUAACCACCACCCUCACCCCACUUCCCCCCACACUCCAGCCCCGACCUCGACAGUGUGGUCAUCCAAGGCGCCGCGUCCAGCAGGGGUCGCUGUGACGGAGCCACCGUACUCGGAUACGCCUCGGGGUCCACUCUUUCUGCGUGGGCUUGGCCGGAAGGGGCGGGGCAGGCUCGGAGGUGGCACCCGCCUGCGGUCGGCGCGGUCCGGGGAGGGACCAGCGGACUGCGCAGGUCCCAAGCAGCAUGGCUGUGCCUGGUGUCAGACUGCUCACGGGUGCUGUAAGAAAGCCAGAUGCCUGGACCAGACUCUGGGGUGUGAUUCAAGGGACCUCUUCACACAAACCUUGUGCUUCGUGGAACCGAUACUUAUAUUUUUCUAGCACCAAGUUAAACACAUCAAAUUACAAAGCACUUUUCAGUAACAUUUUCUCUCUGCGACUCCCAGAGCUCCUAGUAUCUCCAGAGUGUAUUCUUCCAUUUUCUGUACGACUCAAAAGCAAUAUAAACUCCAAAAAGUCUUCUAAAAAGACCGUGCAGAAAGAUGCGGAUGAAGAGGACUCCGAUGAGGAGACCAGUCACCUGGAGAGGAGCGAGCAGGGGGAGGAGCUUGAGGAGGAGCCGGGUGUGGUCAAGGACUACAAAGACCUGGAGAAGGUGGUGCCAUCUUUCCGGUACGACGUCAUCCUGAAGACAGGCCUUGAUAUUGGGAGAAACAAAGUAGAAGACGCGUUCUACAAAGGUGAACUCAGACUGAACGGGGAAAAACUGUGGAAGAAAAGCAGAACGGCAUAAGCCGUUCCUGUGGAAGUCAGAAGUCCCCUGGUGCUGGAGUUGCAGGUGAAGGUGGGAGAUACUUUGGAUCUCCUCAUGGGAGAGAACAAAGAGACAGGAACAGAGGUGGUGAUGCGGAUUCUCCUGAAAACC